AUGAGGGGAGGAAAUCAGGCUGGUGCUGGGUCCACAUGUGAAGACAGGAACUUAACAGUCCACAGCCUCACAUUUGGCAAAGAUCCAUCAGAUUUCAGACCAAGCUCUGGUGGAGCAACUCUCAGUCCCAGAUGGAGACACUCAGUCAACGAUGAAGGAGAGAAGCCUUAUCAGAGAGCAGGAUCAACAAACUCAAAUGUCCAGAUACAGACUAAAUACAAGCUGUUGUCCCAAUGCACCUCAAAGACGCCAUCAUCGAUCCAGCUGCGAUGA